UGGAGUUCCCUAUAUCUAAAAUAUCUCUGGCUGAGAGCUCUCAGCUGGAGGAGAAACUCGGCUGAGGCUUGUAAAAAGGAAACUGAAAACUAGCAUUUGCUUGGGCGGAGCCUUAAUAUGUAAUUACUUUGCCCCAGCAUCAGGGCUUAGGACUCAGCUGCAGGGCCAGGACUAGCCAAGUUUCAAAGUGAAAGGAGGUAGUUGAAUACUUUCCGCUUUCUGUCUCCCCCAAACCUGAUUUUCAUGAUUUUCAUGUCCUACCACAAAUAGUGAAAAUCUUUGUGAGGCGGAUGGUUUGAACUCUCGGGACAUACACCAGUCCGUGAGUUGAGAACUUAGGCUGCUAUGGAGAGAAGAAAAUCCCCUGAGAAUCGCAACCUGCCUGCUUCCUGUUCUGCCUGCCGCCAUGCUUCCCUAACUAGCUGCUAAGUUUUUUCCUUGUCCUGACGAAAUCUACCCUCAUGGACCUACACUACGGAACUGGACUGCUGGUGUAUUCAUGAAGUGCUCAUGAGUGGUUCGAGCCGCCGCUGAGGAUUCCUGUGAAUGGAACUGCUGAUUUACUAACAACGCAGAUGGAAAUUGCUUCAAAGAACAACUUCUAAACAGGUAUUAUUGUAUUAUCCUGUGAAUAAUACAAAGGCAGUUGGGACAAGACAGAACAGAGGGCUUGGAUUUACAAGACUUGAGGUCUGGCCACCUCAUCAUCCUUUAUAAGCUGUGUGGCAUCAGAAUAUCACAUACAUCCUAAAUUAAUAGAGAGAUAAACUAAAGAACAAAAGAAAGAAUCAUUAAUAGACCACUCAUAUAUGGGAAAGUGAAGUUUUGGCAAACAAAGAAGAUAUGGUCUUCUCCAUACAAUCACGGAAAAAUUCUUGCCAAUUGAACAAAAGGAUCUUCGUAUAGUUUUAUACCAUAUACAAAAGAAUUCAGAAUAGGUCAUAGAUACACAAGUUAAACCUUUAAAAUCUCUAGAGAAGAACACAGGAGAAAAAUCUUCUGAUCUUGAAUUUGAAGAGAUGGGACAGCAAAAUAUGGCCCUCCAGUGAAUGAACUGGCUGAUCCUGGGACUGUGAGAUGGAGAGCGAAUACAGGGAAAUGCUGUUGUUGACCGGCCUAGAUCACAUCACAGAGGAGGAACUGAAACGGUUCAAAUAUUUUGCUUUGACUGAGUUUCAGAUUGCCAGGAGCACACUCAACGUUGCAGAUAGGACAGAGUUAGCUGACCAACUGAUUCAAAGUGCAGGUGCAGCGUCUGCGGUGACAAAGGCCAUUAAUAUUUUCCAGAAGUUGAAUUAUAGGCAUAUUGCAAAUGCUCUUGAAGAGAAAAAGAAAGAAGCUGAAUGUAAAUUCAUGACCAAUACAAAGAAGAGAGGAACACAGAAGGUAGAAAAUAGAAGUCAAGCUGAAAACUGCUCUGCUGCCUCUGCCACCCGCAGUGACAAAGAUGUCAAGGAACAGGCUGCUACAGAAGUCUGUCCUCAAGCUAAGCCUCAGAAGAAACAGAUGGUGGCAGAACAGGAAGCCAUCAGAGAAGACUUACAGAAAGAUCCACUUGUAGUCAUGGUGCUGAAAGCUAUAAUAACAGAGCAAAAAGAUAGAAUAUUGUAUGGUAUACAUGAUAAAACAGGGACGAUGGAGGUGUUGGUGCUGGGAAACCCAAGCAAAACAAAGUGCGAGGAAGGAGACAAGAUCAGACUCACUUUCUUUGAGGUGUCAAAAAAUGGAGUGAAAAUUCAGUUGAAAUCUGGACCUUGUAGCUUCUUUAAGGUUAUUAAGGCUGCAAAACCAAAAUCUGGGAUGAAAAGUGUGGAGUGACGUCAACUCAUUUAAGAAACUUUUUCCUGAAGAAUCCUGAUGCUGCUUCUUGAACCAGACUGAGCUACCUGAGGAUAGCAGUUUACAACCUCAUCAUCCUAUUGUAUUAGUUAGAAAAGGACAAACACUCAAAAAACAACUGAAAAAAUGUAUGUAAACUUAUUAUUAAUUAAGUUAUUAAGACUGCCCCACCUGGAGAUCUGUCCCAUAUACAACCACCAAACCCAUACACUAUU